AUGGCGAUGCAUGUCUUCAUAUCAGCCACUUCGCUGGUGUUCGCUGCGUGGCUAGCGCAUGGAGCAGACGGACUGUGGCAGCCCCAUUCAAGUCCUCGGUCUCGGUCUGUCCUCAGUCUCCACCCUAACGGGCCUGGCGAGGAUGCAAUCCAAGCAGGGAAAUUCCAUGCAGACUUCUUUGAACUGAGGAAUGAAGACUUGAAAGGCAUGUCGUGGAUUGAAGGGCCCGGCAGCGCCGGCGCACCACGCGAAGAGGCUACCCAACCCGCAGGACGAUUUGCAAGGUUGUUUGAAAGGCUUCGUUGGGGGAAGCGGGCGAGGAGCGAACCGCCGGCUACGGACGAAACACCUGCAAGGCCUCGGUUGUCGAUGGGGCAGAAACUUGCUCAGCACUUGCGGAGGGCACAGGCAGGGUUACGUCGCAUCGCUCCCAAGUGGCUAUCUCGUCUAAGGGCGAGAGUCCGAAACUGGUGGGCACCGGAGGGGCCUAUUCCAGUUUUUCCCGAAAGCGAGCCUGAAGAUCUUCUCGCCCGCCAAGUUGUACAACAACGGAUGUGGCUAUUAGAAUUACGACGAAAGCGGGACCUUGGAGGCAGUCAAGAGACACCUGUCGCUUCAGUGACUGUAACCUCAGCGUCCACGGGUGGAACGAAGCAGCUGAAGGUUGGCCCGCUUUUCUGGAAGGGUGACGACGGGUUUGUGAUGUACUCGGCGGAGGACGUAGAAACAGGCGAAGAACUUGUUUUGAAGGCCGUGACCGCGCACGGGGCAGAUACAACAGCAAGCGUGGCGGUAUUGCAGGCUGAGGCGUCAUGUCUGAAAAACCUUCAGAACAUCAACACCCCUCAAGAAGCUCGAGACCGGUUGCGGUUUCUGCUCCCCGACGACACGUUCACUGUGGCAGAGGCGCCGCCGGCUAAGGCGUUAUCCUUGUCAUUUUCAGAGGCGCCGGUAGCGAACUUUUUCCUUCGCAUGCCCAAACCGGUGACAACCCUCCUCGCGUACCUCCAGGCGAUGGAGAAAGGCGUAUUUCACGGAAGCGACCACAGGCCGCUCCAGCAUCUGCUGACCCUUCGUGUCAUACGGCUGGCGGCGAUCCUGCAGACGCAAGGACUUGUGCACGGCGGGUUCACGCCUGAUAAUCUUCUCAUGAUGCCCGAUGGCCGAUUGAUGCUAAGCGGGUUUGGCGUCGUGCGAAAGAAUGGAUCCGUGGGCCCGGUGACAGAUGUGAAGCCAACAUAUGCGCCUCCGGGAUUUAUGCGUGGCGGCAAGACCGUGAAAUACACUUACGCGCUCAAUGCAUGGCAGCUGGGGCUGACUAUCCAUCAGAUCUGGUGCUCUAGGCUGCCAUUCCGCCUGAAGACGCCGGGUAUGUCGCGCGCCGGAAACAGGCCAAGCAUGGAUCGGCCGGGAUACAAUAUUUUUUAUUUCGAUGACUGUGAUGUUAUUCCUUCCCCCGUAGAAGGACUUAUUAAAAAGCUCCUGCACUUCCGCGGCUGGCGCCGUAUGCUCGCUCUGUCAGCCUUCCGCAGCUCUGAAUAUGAAGCGAUCAGACGUGAUGUUGACUCACUGUUCGAAAGCUAUAAGGCAGACCUACGCCAGGAGGAGGUGUCGGCUCAGCCCCAGGUCCCCCGACCGGGGCGGCGGAUAGCCAGCAAACGCUGGGCGAGAGUCAACAAGCGGUGGGCGAGGAGGCAGCUAGCAUGCCGCGCCUAUCGACAAGUCCCAGAGAAGGUGACGCUGAAUCGAUGA